GAUAAGAUGCGUAGAGCACAGCUUUUAGGGUGUCGACCACAUCAGAAGACAUCAGCGCAUAGCUAAGGCGCUGUCUGGGAAACUUUUUGUAGAGGGGCAAGCCGGACAAUCGGAUAAGUAUGGCAUACAGGGCAGCAUGGAUCUCGGAGCCAGAUGACGACAUCGUCACCCCUCGGCGCAGCCCCACUCGCGCCUACACCCAACGCCGCACCCCCUCCUCCACAGCAACACCGCCGCCCGUAACCACAUCCGCCUCCCGCGGCGCCCCUCCCUGGCGCCCGGCCUGCACACCGGGCAGUCAGCAGCCCUCCCGUCGCCAGCCCUCACCCUCACCCCAGCAAGCCCCCCACUCCCACUCUCGCUCCCAGCAGCCACUGCUGCGUCAAGCCACAGGGCCCUACUCCCAACCCCAACCCCAGUCCCAACCCCAGUCCCGCUAUUCGUCGAGGAAGGCGACUCCUCGCACCCUUGGUGGUGGCAAUGGUGGUGGUGGUGGUGGUAGUGGUAAUAUCAGCUACGGGGGCACCCCGCAGCAGCAGCAACCACAACAGCGGCGACCCCAGAACGAUGCCUACCGUUAUGAGGAAAGUGAAGACGAGGAGGAGGAGCAGCAGGAGCAGCAGAAGGGUGGUGACAGCAGCGAAGAACGGGAGCAAGAGGAGGAGGAGGCGAUGACGGCGGUGCGGAGGGGGAGGAGGCGGCGGGAGGUGGCUCGGGUUAUGGAUUCGGCCACCUCCUCCCCUGCACAGCACAAGCUGCGCACGUUGCGGUCGCUGCAGGAGUCCGUGGAGGCCUUCCUGCUCAGCCUUCCGCUGGGCUCCGACCCCGCCUCGGCGGAGGUGGAGGCGCGGGUGGCGGAGCGGCUGUACGAGGCGGAGGCGGGCAGGGCGGAGAUGCGGGAGAAGCUGGCGAUGUGGUCGGAGGUGGCGAUGGAGCUGUACGGCAUGGUUUCGGAGCGCCGUACCACGAUGUCGCAAAGUGGAACGGCAGCGUCAGCAGCAGCGGGCAGCUCGGGCCAGGGGCCACACGCCACAGACACCGCCACUCUCUCUGCCAUCAAGUCAGCCAUCAGCCAGUUCGUUCGCCACCACCACCAUGAACCACAACACAACCGACACGCGCAGCCACAGCACUAUCAGCAGCACCUACAGCAGCAGUCUCCAUCCAAGCAGCUCCGGUGGGACGCGAGUGACCUCGGCGACCCCCACGGACGGGCCAUGGAGGGGGCCGGCGGCGGCCUCAUCCUGACCCGACCCAUCUCGGCGCCGCCGCCGCCACAGCAGCAGGCUGGGUACGGCAACGGUACGACAACGGCGGGAUCCACACCCCGUGAAACCCCCACCGUGCACUACCAGCAGCAGCUCCACCAACGCACCGGGUUUCAGCAGCAGCUGCAGCAGCAGAGCCCUAGCAUGGGAGGAGGUACGAGUGCAGCAGGAGCAGGAGGAGGAGAAAGAGGAGGUGCAGGUGGAGGUGGAGGUAAGGCGGAGCUACGGCUGCUGCAAGGGCUGCAGCAGCAGCAGCGGCCGGGCGUGGAGCAGCGGGAUACGGUGGAGGUGCUGCAGCUGAGGCAGGAGGUGUCGUAUCUUCGCUUGGAGCUGGCACGCAUGAGGCACACCACUGCAGCAGAUGCUGGCAAGCCCGCCGCCUUGAUGGCAGGCCCCGCCGGGGGCAUCAGCGGCGCUGGUGCUACUGGUGCUGGUGCUGGUGCUCCUUCUCUGGGCUUCAUGCCAUACAGCUCGCCUCCUCCACCACAUCAUCAUCAUCAGCAGCUCCUUCUUAGCACCCCGGCUGUAGCCUCCACCUCUGCAGGCGGUGCUGCGGGUGCGAGUGCUGUCGGCGGCAGCGAGCAGGAGCGCGCGCUGGCCGCGGCAGUACUCAUGCAGGCAGCUCUGCUGCCCAAGCCCCCGCAGCCGGGCGCUCCCCCCUCUGUCGACGCAGCCGCAGCUUCCCUGGCGGCGCUGCGGGCGGAGCUGGAGGUGGCGAGGGUGGCGGUGGCGGAGCGGGGAGCGCAGGCUGCCGCCGCCGCGGAGGAGUCUGCGCGGCUGCGACGGGCGCUGCUGGAUGCGGAAAUCGAGUUGCAGCAGGCGGCGGUGAUGGGCGAGGCGGCGCGCAAGCAGCUGGCGCAGGCUGAGGAGGAGGUUGCGGCGCUGCGGGCCAGCAGCGGGCGGCUGGCAGCGGAGUUGCAGGUGGAGCGGAGCAGGACGGCGGCGGCGGGGGCGGCGGCGGCGGCCAGCAGCAAGGCGGAGGAGG